AUGCAAGAACAUCAUGAAACUUUAAUUAGAAAUGUUGUGAUAAUAUGUCAUAUAGGAUUGUAUUUAUUUGACAAUAUACCUUUAACACUAAUUGCUUUGGGUCUUCUGAGCCAUAUAGUAUACUACUUUUUGCUCAUUGACUUUCCAAACUUCAACUUAACAUCACUGUCAUUUAUUUUGUCAAUUAUUCUGUUAAUUGGAAAUCACGUACUAGCUUUCAAAUUUUUCCGACAACUUAUUGGGAUUAGAAUUACUGGUGACCUGACUAGUAUUAGUCAAAUUAGUAUAGGUUAUGUUACUAUUACUGUUACUACUACUUCUAAUGUUGGAAUUAUUUUCAAUAUAUGGGCGAAACCUAUGGAAUCAUUGACUAAUUUUAUCCACCACACUUGCAGUGUCCCGAGCAACUUAUUUGGCGGCAAGCCGUACCGCGUUCGAACAAUCGUAAAUAUGAAUCUACCACUAAAAAUUAACCAAAAGGUUUUUUCAUACUUCACAGUGUGUUUAUGGAUGGUGCCCUUUAUGUUCAUAUUAUCAUUAUCUGCCAAUGAUAAUACAUUACCAAUCACUAAUGUUGUUGAAUUAUUUGUCAUUGGUAAAGUGUAUUACUCACCAUGA